UUGACCACUCAGUCACCUGUCACCGGUGUAUAGGUCCGGCCCUUGUCCUCAACGAAAGUCGGCGAACCAACGAGAUCUUGUCCAUGUCUGAUCGUUGUUCCCCGAUGAUAAACCCUUUCGAAUCGAAUCUGAACCCCCAUCCGGAUCGGCGCCAUCGCACCCACACUGAGCGACACCCGAUGUCCCUGUUUCUCGGGGGCGUUCAAGCAAUAUACAAGAUACCAGUCUGGCCUCAACCAGGUUGCAUGUUAUCUGCCAGUGAUUCACGCUCUCGCCAUCCUUGGCCGCUGUCUAUCGAAUGAUCAUCGAUAUCUCUUGUGCCUCUGCUCCUUUGAUCUCCGGGCUUCACUUCCCCUGGUUGACAGUGCCGACAACUUUCCCAGACAUGCUAUGUUCUCCUCCUGCUCAGGUUCCUGGCGUCGCUAACUAGUCGGGAUUGGCCGGCUUCGUUCACUUUUCCGUUCGGCGUUUGGUCCGUCUGAAUCACAAGACCCCCACAUAUCAUAACGCUGGCAGCUCAAAACUCAUGAUCUGCACAGUGGAGAUCCAGGAUACGGCCAGGGCGGCAUCACAUAGCAGCAGACGUGCCGCUCUCCUCUGGCCUGCAACUUAUCUGCGGUUGACUACUUAUCUACGACCUAUCUGGGAUCGACCUUGGUCUUGUCUCGUCCAAAAGCGGUGUUUUGACUUUGCCCCCAUCAUGCAUUUCACCUCAGUCCGUUAUUCAGGCACGAGAGAUCAAGAUUAUUUUAUUUUAUUUCGAAAUUCGGUGUACCCGUGCCGCGAAAAACGCCCCCUUGCUCAAGCCAUCCGCAAUGAUCCGCUCUUCCUCGCUUGAAGGCUAUCAAUUGCUUGUGCUGGUUGUAGGCGCUGAGCGGGACGCGACCUGAUGUGGCUUGGAAGGUGUAUUUCUGGGCGCGGAAAACGCUGGGCACUGAGCGAUGAGCAAUCAGUGAUGUGCUCGCUGCUUUCCCAACGGGCACGCACCUGGCAUCUGCGAGCGAGUGCCCGACUGGGGCGGGCUGCGCUGAUGUGUACCGCUGAAACUCGGGCCCGAGACUGGGAAUAUUGUCAUACACAUAAGCACAUAAUGAACAGGCAGGACAUUGAUGGGGCAGCGAAACGUUUGGAGUGUGCAGCGGUUCCUGAGCAGUAUUUCUCGUGCUCUGGUGCAUCGAGUGCGACUGAAACGGCAUUCGGAAGUUGCGGCAGUGGAAGCGAGCGUCGGUUCUUGUUGCGUGAUAAGAGCGCGGGUGUUCUGCGUAGAAGAAGGGAUCAGCUCUGUGCUGGAUACAAUCCAUUCGAACUCGGGACGAUGCAGGAGUGACCAUCUUCACCUGACGUCCAUCUUGCUGUCCAGAUCGGGACUCGGAUCUGGAAUCAGGUCUAACCGAGGUCAUCCGUCUUUUCUUCCCACGAUCUGCCUUCCAAGGAAGCCCCAUUGGGUCCCCGAAUACUAUCUCGAUUAUUUGUGUUAUAUUAGAUGUGCUCUCAAAAGCGCGCCGUCCACUUCCGUGCCCUGCCCCGCGAUGCUCUCGCACCUCCAUCCUCCUUCCCUUCAUCUGCCCCGCUUCGACCACACUCACGACGUGCCCGACCCCCAGACCGUUCCCCGCUCCUCUGCUACUCUCUUCCAAGAAAUAAACCGGCUCGUGGCUGAUAGCGUCUCCCCGCUUUCGCGAUCAUCCUCUGGAACGGUGGAAGACGAUACACCCGGCUCGCCCUCAGGGCCUAAUUACCACUACGCGCCUCGUGCGUCGCGCUCCCCUUCGGACACGGCCUCCAGCACAGUCGGCCAACCCGUGGGCGCGUAUGUUCCUCCAUACACAUACACCUCAGGGCGAGGGUCAUUUCGGAGCGCUCCCUCCCCCGACGCGUCCUCUAUGCCCCUCAGCGCGCCUAGUGGCCAGGAUCGUUUUCAGAUCCCAGCCUAUUCCUCAUCUUGUGCGGAUUCGCUUGGGGACCGUCCAACGCGGCAUGGGACUUUGCCUAAACUAUCCACAUCCAAUAUCUUUGACCGCCGUUUGUCUGAACCCACAGCCAACUAUGUCCCGUCGACAGAGCGCAUGCAGUCACAAUAUUCUUACCCGGCGUCUCCCCAUUCUCCGCAGUCACCCUUCUCGCGACAUAACUACGCAUCUCCUGCCCCCCAUCCCGAAUGGAAACAAGAACCUGUCGAGCACAAUCUCAAUCUGUCCUCCUUCCCAACUUCCUUUGCGAGCGGUUACGCGAAUUCUCCACCACUACAGUUUGCUUUUCGGGGCGGUGCCGAUACUGCUGCGGGCGAGGAUACCUAUGGUCCUUCACCGCCAGGAACUGGUACAUCCUCGUCAUCGAAUGCGGCAAUGCCAGCUGCAUUACCAGGGGAGCGCAGCCCCCAGCAGCACUCUGUGGACGACCCUACGAGUUCGAAGACAUAUUCGUUCGUGGCACUGCCCGGCAACGCCGUCCGCAAACGACCAAGACGCCGCUACGACGAGAUCGAGCGCCUGUAUCAAUGCUCGUGGCCAGAGUGCACCAAAGCCUAUGGCACGCUGAAUCAUCUCAAUGCACACGUUCAGAUGCAGAAGCAUGGACCCAAGAGAAGCCCAGGGGAAUUCAAGGAGCUGCGCAAGCUCUGGCGCAAAACAAAGAAGGAGGCGGAGGCAUCCUCCAUGGCGGGCGCGGGUGCGUUGCGAAGAAGCAUGAGCAUGGGUUUCGGGAUGGGACUUCGACGGGAGGAUCUGUACCAGUCUCCCUCUUACAUGCAUGGACCCCCGCACCACCAUCGAUCAUUUUCGCACCACUCCGCGUCCGGUCUGUCUCCGCCGUUGUCCGCCUCUUUACCGCAUCAUGCUUACGGCGUCGAUGCCCACACAUCAACACAUCCGCUUCGAUAUAGUCCGGACGCUCACGCGCACACGGCACAGGCUUACGGCGGUGCAGACUUCCGGCCGGCUGCUUCGGGUCCAUGGACGUCGUCUUCGCGGCUGGAUCUGUAUCAGGGUCAGCAGCAUUCACCGUCCAGUGCUUAUGGAUACAUUGACUCGGGUGGCUCGGGCUCAGCCACUGAGAUGUAUAACCACUCAGCGUCCACGCCCAGGGCGCGCCUUCCGUCGAACAGCAUGUUGUUGACACCCCUGGUUGGCCCUGCGCAUGCUCACGGGACAGAGACCUAUGCUGCCGUGGCCGACAGCUACUAUGCUAAACGUCGCGAAGGCAGCGGCGACGAGUACUGAGCGAUGUCGCAUCCCUUUCUUGCCCACGGACAUGUUUUCUUGGGGUCGUGUGUCAUCUCCAUUACAUCUGUCUGCCCGUCGUCCUGUUAUCAUGCUGACUACGCUACUCUUGGAUUUAUUGCUGCACAUACUUACCUGUUAUACGGUAUGUAACUUAUUCCAUCAUAUGCACUGUAUAUUGUUUCGUACUGCUACCACAACUUGUACAUUGACCCGCUAGACAAAAUAAGCAUUCUGUCCUUCACAAAAUCUGUCCAUCGGAAGCGAAUGUCUGCUUCGCGACUUCUCUUCCGAUUGGCAAGCCAACUGCGAUGGCUUCUCAAGGUGGCUGCCUUCUCUUACGUGAGCAACCUUAACGGAUCCCUGAACACCACCCACCCAUGAGUGGGAGCCUCAACGCGGUCAUCAACUCACGUUCAGCACGCAUCAAACAGCGCCGGAAAAGUGUAGAUGAAGCGAGCAGAUGAUGCUCGGCUUACAUCCGUUCGAUGGAGGGACCAAUAGGAGCGAGCGGGAUCUAUAUAUGUGCUUCACAUCUUGAAGAUAGGCGUGUGCCCGUGACGGAUGGUGGAGGUCGCGCGUGAAUUUGAAAGAUCUGCGAUAUCUUCAGCUUUUACUGCCUCAUCAGGUCGCAUGGAAACGGAGCUGACCCGAAGGAUCGUUGUAAGAGCUUCCCGAGAUUCCACGCACCCGUAGGUAGCAGCCAGACAGCAUCCAUUCAAGGUCGAAACAGUCGGGGGCCGGGACCAAGAACGUGCCAGACGCCGAGUGUCUACAGUAAAUAGAACGUUAUCGCGCGAGCGGAACGUUCCGCAGCGUGUAAUUGAUGAAUGCACGACGUGAACGUAUUCGCGAAAGUGCCAAGGAUGGUCACGGUAUGCGGUCAAGCGCCUUAUCAAGUCACCGCGCCAUGGUCUUGAGGCACCAGUUCACCGAUGGUCACUGGCCAGACUCUCACGUUCCCGGUCACCGGAUCUGUGUCCUUCCCAAACAAUUGAUCGCAGCUUUCAUAGAUAUCGUCGAACUGGGCGCAGCUCUAGCUCCAUACUCGACCAUCAUGACUACGAUGGAAAUGCUGCCCGUCGAACUCCUUAUCGACCAUCUCGUCCCGUUCUUCGAUGUACAGAGCAUCCUCCGGCUCGCCUGCACGAACAAGUUCUUUGCCAACUUGUGUUCCGACGAGGUUUUCUGGCAACGAAAACUUCAGGAGGAUUUCAAUUUCUCAGGCGCCGACACUGCGCGUGUCAGCGGCUGGCAAUUCAUCUAUCGCGGCCUCUACAAUCCCAAAGUAUUUGUAUGGGGAGAAUAUACCCGUGGACGUCUGGGUCUAGGAGAUAAAAUCCCCAAACACAAUCGCUCAGCCGGUGGCGUCCCAUUCCCAACCGAACUCAAAAUUCCUGGUGUUCGGAUUGUGAGUUUGGUGGCCGGUGGAAUGUCUUUCCAUGCAUUGGACUCCGAAGGACACAUAUUUGUUUGGGGCACCCUGGAUGGCACUACGAUGACUUUGAACAGCGAUGGUUAUUCUCAGGCAGGCAAGACUGCCCCGAAACCUUUGCGAUUGGAGUUACCCAGCUAUAUAACACAAAUCAGCUGCGGUCGGCUGCAUGCUUCUGCGCUGAGCUCGACGGGACAAGUCUGGACGUUUGUCAACUGGGGACGUCCGUUUGUUCUGACCUCGCAACACAUCACGAACGACUCGCGGCCAGUCCAAGUGGAAUGUGGGUGGGGCUUCUCGUCUCUCUUGACGAGAUCGAAUGAGGUCUUCGUGUGGUGGCCUCGUUCCGGAAGUAUUGAGCAAGAGACCGAUGCUAAAUUUGCGGAGAUGGAUGACCAACGUCAAUUCGCCGCGCGAGCAUUGCCAGACGGUGUCAUUCCGUGCGUGACCUGGGAGCUGAAGGUGGAUCCGUACAGGCUUCCGCCAAUCCCGUCGCUGCCCAGAAUGACCGAAACUGGGGAGGAAGUCGAAGGAGAACCCAAGAUAAUCAAGAUUGCGGGCAUGGAUGCGAAUCUAAUCGCGCUGACUAAUCAUGGGCAUGUUCUCAUGUUUUCUGGUUUGUCUGAUGAAGAUACGGUGGCCAGCGGUCGAUGGUCAUAUCUUCCCAACUUCAGCGAGCUCGAUCGCGUGCAGUCUGUGCCUCCAUUUAGCACAGAUGUGGCACCGCCACGGACUAUGAAGAUCACACAUAUAUCAGCCAAUUUCGAGAGAUUCUUCGCAUACUCGACCGGUCCGAGUUCCGUUGUACUCAUGGGGAAUACCGAUACCACGGGAGAAUCCAUCCCUUACAUUGAAGCUGCGCUUGUCGAUAAAUCUGUCAUUUCUGUGCUCGUUGGCGAUUGGCACUUUGCAGCUCUGACAUCGUCGGGCAAACUCUUCACUUGGGGGGCAUAUUCCAACGGAGCUCUGGGUCUUGGCGAUCCCACCCAAUUGCCAGCCGGUUCUCCCGGUGGAUUUGCGACGGAAGCCCAGCGUUUGAACGCGAUUGAGCGUGAAGCCGGCAGCCCUCCCGAUACAACUGUCCCCACGCCUGUCCGAUUCGAUCAUGCACGCAAGUCACCCAAGGAACGUUUCUGUCUUUUGGCAUGUGCCGCCGGCUGGCACACAGGUGCUUUAGCAAUCGACCUUGAGGCCGAUGACGACGAUGAGCUGGAGCAAGAGGAAAUUCAGCCGGAGCGUCGUCAGAUACUCCACAGACGAGGUCGAGGACUUCCCCUUCACGGGCCAGACUUUCCUAAUCUUCCAUUCGGUGGUGGGAUCUUCCGCGUCGGUUUCGCCGGCAGAGGCGCUUCCCGAGGCGGUCGGGCAAUGUAAUGAAUUGGAAUCAAUUGCAAGAUGCUCGUGAAUGAACGUUAUUCCCAAUGUAUUCGAGUACACAUCUGUACGAAUGUCUGUUUCAGAGCCCCAUGUUCCGUCGACAUCCAAGAUGAUCCGGCAAUGAAUCUAGCAGUCCACAUGGACUCAAGACUCCCGCACUUCAAAUAAGCCAUCAGGAUUCUGCAGCGACAGGAUCGCGUCUUGGCGUUCAGAUCGAUAUCGUGUGAGGAUGCCGGAUGACCUCGCUUCCGCGUGUGUGUGACCCCGAGAUCCUGGUCAACUGUAGCCGUCUGGUGGGCAUCAGACGCCGUCGGGAACCGGCAUCCAGUUCGGGUCUUUGGCGGAUGUCGUGCGUACCAACGUGCAACGAUGCCGAAGAAAACGGGCUGGCGCGGCACCGGUGCGAGACGUACGUACCUUCUGAAAGUAUAUCAUUCCAGAUACCCGUUUGCACACGAUGUCGUUCUCGGGAGACUAGCGCAUACGGUUAAUUCUUGCGGCGCUUGAUGAGCCUAAGAGAAGCCAAUAGCGCCGUGGCUGUGAACGGGUGCUGUCGCGACUUCUUUCCGAACACACAAGGUGCCCACUGGCAGUCUCCGAUAGGUAUCUUGCAGAGCUUCUGGCGUUCGCUCGAUGUCGCGUCGGGAGCGGAUACAGACAGGCGCAUUGAUGGUUCCGGGUGGCGCUACACCAGUCUGAUUCCAAAGCAUGUCUGACGAGCAAAUGCAAGUCGCAUACCCUGCCGACUCUGUGCACGUGCAAAGCUUCGACUGUCACUGCUCACUAUCGUCAAUUUCUUCUGCCGGCCUUCUUCGGUCAAUGUCUAACGGCGCCUCGACGUCCAACAAUGGCCCAAGCGUCCCACUUGUCCCCACCAACACAGUUACCACUGCUUCUGGUCUGACUGUCCGUACCCGCAUCGAUCCAGUUCUUACAGUCGACGAUGUCGUGAGGCAACUUUGUAUCAAUCUUCAAAUCAACGAUCCGCCUGGGCAUUUUGCGUUGAGGGAUGAGAGCGACGAACUUGUCACCAACGACAACCUGAGGAAGAAGAUCAAGGCCAAGGUCAACCUCAAGCUGGUCGACGCACCAGCUCGAGAAGCCCGCGAGGUCGCCGACAAGUUGAAGCUACGUGAAGACACCCUCAAGAUGACUUUAUUUACUCUCCAAAAGUACAUUCGAGAAGAGCAAUUCGCUCAAUCUUUUAUCAACUGCUCUGGCUUGUCAGACCUCAUAGACGUGAUCUUCAGCGCGCACGGUAACACCUUGGCGUACGCACUCACUGCCAUGCAGAAUCUGAUGGAGCUUGACUACGGGUGGGCAACCCUUGACGAUGCGUUCAUCUUGCAGAUCGUCCAGAUAUUGUCUUCGCCAACUUCGCUGAUCAAUGUCUGUCGUCCGGCGACGGCCAUCUUGAAGAAGCUGGUCGAAGCGGAUCCGAUGAGUGCUCCUGGCAUGCAGCUUGCUGGAUCUAGUCGGCUGCCACCGGCUGUCUCGGACGGCUCUGUCUACCGCUAUGGAUUCUCUGUUGUCUUUGAGCAGAUGAGAAAGGGCCGAGGAUUUCUGGAAACUGUGAUCAGUCGUCUGGGCAGUGCAGAUACUGCUAUGGCUCAAUACAGGUUCGGUGCAUCGUCACUCGUUCUGAACAGCCUUACGAUCGUUUCUAGCAUCAUGCUGAUCAACUCACUUCUUUCGCAUGCGAGCGACGCUCGAUGGGAAGAAUUCAUAUCCGAACUCGAACGACUCAAUGUCCGAAAAGCAAUCGUGAAACUGAUGUCCUCGCAUACAAGCGAGGAUCUGACCUCAUCCAUUCUCGACUUUCAAGCCAAUCUCAUCCGCGUGACCUAUCGUAAGAAGACCAUGAUGAUCGAUCCAGAAAGCGAGCCAGCCCACGCCGCAACGCUCAAGGCCAUAUGGGCUAGCAGUCAUGUAUCAGAAGCCAUCGACAGCAACGGACAUCUGAUGAAAUGGCGACUGCUAGGUUUUGACUCAGAGAACGUCGAAAUGGAGUUCACUGAUGUCGGGGUGUUGGGCUUAGAAUGCUUGCACAAGUUUAUCGAGACAGACCCGGAUUUUCCCAAGAUCGUUCAAGAACAACUGAGCCGUCCGCCCAAUCGACGCUGUCCCAUAGCCAAAGCGUCAAACGAAGUGGUCGAGAUGCUAUCAGAGCACUGGGCGAUUUUUGCACCGGGAUAUUCGACCUCGAUAGCAUUCCAGCCGUUCUUCCUCGACUUCUAUCGGGUCCACGCAUUAGCGACCCGUUUCUUCAUCCGAAUGUGGUCGGACAGUGGAGCUGCUGCUGGUGAUUUUGCGCGGGUUGCUGCUUUGGUCCGAAGCCAAUCGAAAUUAGCACUUCGCAGCGAGAAUGUGCGAGCCUGGCACGAGGUCGAGCGUGAUUUCAAUGAAUGCGAGUACCGGCGUGUGCGGGAGAGGCAGAUGAAAGACCUGGAGCUGGAGGAUGACUUGCUGAGCAAGAUUCCCAUUCGUAACCUGCGAGCCAAGUUGUACAAGGAGUCAUUCGAAUUCGUCAAACAACAGAGAAUACAGUGUCUGCUUCAGGGCGCCUGGUUCAUUAACGCUGUUCCAUUGGGUUCUUCUGCAGCACGUGAAGCACCUCGGCGGCCGACACGACCCUGGCGCUUCAUGCGAUUGGACCCAGGGCUCAAGUAUCUGUACUAUGCCGACAGCACCGUCAAAUUUGCUGUGCGCAGUGGGUUCGAGGAUCUCCCAGAGCGAAUCGAUGUUUCUGCGAUCAGUGAAAUCGCGACAGGCACUGGUUUCGCUCCGCCAAAUGUUCUGCGCGAACCGGGGGAUCUGCCGCCGACCUCACCGCCGACCGCAUCGCCGCUGUCAUUUUCCCUGCUCAGUGCUCAUCAAGGAUCGCUGGCUGAUCAAGUUGCACCCGACCAGUCGCGUUGGGCUGAUUGGACGGAUGGCCUGAACAUGCUGCGCCGGGACAGCGGGCACGUCUCCUCCGAUGAGACGGCUGGCUUUGUCCAGGCAUUGACGGAGAUUGGGCUCAAGAUCAAGCUUUUGGAUUUGACGGGGGAAAUGGUCGAGAUACCGAGCGGAUUGGUCGCUGGGCCCCCGCCUGCCAAUACUGACUUCUUCUUUUCCGAGCUCAUGUAACUUUAAUUCUGUUCUGUAUUAUGGAGACUGUAUCAACUGCCUGUAAAUGGAAUUACAUCUGUCCCUUGCGCAUCAAAUUUCGCCGAAUCCGGCGCUUUUCCGCGCCUAGGCCUUCACUUUUAUCCCACUGUAGAAAUGGGGCUUUGGGGUUCUCGCCCUGCUCCCGAAAGUCAAGCAUCCCCCAAACUGGGAGUUCCAUUUCGCCUUUGACUAGGACUCGGCCGUUCGCGAGGUACCGCGGCGGGAGAGGGGUGAGAAUGUGGCACGCGUUGGGCGAAACUGCCCGGAUGAAAGCAAGGCCGCGGCAGUUCGAGGUUGAAGUUGAUGGUGGCCCAUCGCCCUGAGUUGAUCCCGGUUCACAAGCGACGAGACCGACCAAAGCGCCAUUGAGGACCCGAUCGAUCUCGGAGGGAACGACAUCUUCGGCUCCAGCGCCACUCAGCACGAUUUUGUCGAAUGCGGCAGCCCAAUCGACCUCGUACGGCGCACGACCGCUCAGCGGCACUGCUGUGUUCCAGCUCUCUGCUCGCAUCUCCGCCUCCGGCAUUUCCUCCGAUUCUCCAUCACCGCC